AUAAAAAAGGCGUAUGCGAAGCCUCGUGGCCAUGAAACGGGGGCGAGGUCAGCCGAGUGUCGUCUCUGUUUCUCUCCUUUCUCUCGCGUACGCUUGCUAUAGAUGGCCAUCAGGCGGUGGCCCUUCAUUCCAGAAAAAAAGAUGCUCCUGGUACAAGUCAACUGGAACGUGAAGAACGGCUGACUAUGAAGACGUAGGCUUGCGUCGGCUGCGAUAGAGUGGGGCGGGGCCGAUAAAGAAAAGUUGUUACUCGCGAACCACAGAAUACGCCUGCCUAUUGCCGGCCCAUGGUGAGCGUCAACGGAGAAGAAGAGGUUCUCAGCGCUGUAGAAGAAGUUCACAUUCGAGGCUCAACCGCAUCGCCGGCUGUCCAAUGGAGUUAUUCGGUUUGCCGGAUUGGAUCGUCUUCACGGGGACUGUUUGCGUGCUUGUAUACCUAUAUGCUUCGUGGAAUCGGAACUACUGGAAAAACCAGAAUGUCGUCUCAGAGCCAUUUUCCUUUCCAUUUGGAGCGACUUUCAAACUGCUUUUCAAGCCCAUGUGCCAGCUUGACUCCGAAAGAUACAAACAAUACGGAAGGGUUUUUGGUACCUUUGAAAUGGGAAAUGCUGUCUUGUUUGUCGGAGAAGCAAAACUGGUUGAACAAAUCCUAGUAGAAGACUUUCCAUCGCUUCCCAACCGAAGGACUCUUACCUUCAACGACCCCGUUCUGGACAACAUGAUGAGCAUGACGCCCUUCGAACGAUGGAGGAAGAUUCGCAUGCCGGUGGCGCAGGCCUUCUCCACGGAAAACGUGAAAAAGAUGCAUUCCUUGAUCGAAGACUGCGCUUUAAUUACGGUGGACCAUUUGAAGAAAGCGGCGUUCACCGAAGAAGACAUCGAUGCUAAAAAGUUUUUUGGGAGCUACACUUUGGACGUGAUCGCAAGAUGCGUAUUCGCCACUCGGAUAGACUCUCACUUGGACGGGAAAAGCGAAUUCGUCAAACGGUCAAGGCAGGCUCCUUCAGGACGUCUUACUCCCCGCAUCUUUGUUUAUUUUCUGUUUCCCUUCAUCGCAAGAGCAACUGGACUUCGACCACUCAGCCCAAGCGUACUUGAGUACUUCAGGAGGUUCAGCCAGAAUGUAAUCAUUAGCACGCAGAAAGAAGAGCCGCAAGGCGAGAGCUUUGUUCACCUCUUUUUGGACCACCAAGGGAAUUGUGAAAACACACCGGAUAGUUCAUCUGAGAGGGAUCAACGACUUUUCAACCUCGGUUCAGAUAGGAAGCAGGAUACUUCAUUCUACUCCUUUAAAAAGCUUAACGCUGACCAAGCGAUGGCCCAGUGUUUGCUCUUCUUCAUCGCUGGCCAAGAAACUACCUCAAGAGUGAUAUCCUACACGCUGUAUUUGUUAGCUGUUCACCCAAAUGUACAAACCAAGUUGAGGAAGGAAGUUGAUGAGUGUUUCGCUGCUCACGGUGGCCACCCCAGUCUGGAAGCUGUCACGAAGCUGAAGUACCUGCACUGCGUUAUAUCGGAGUCGCUUCGAAUGUGCCCGCCAGUAUCUAGACUUGAGCGAGUGCCCUGUUGCGACUACACGCUUGGAGACAAAGGCGUAAAAGUGAAGAAAGGUGAUUUAAUCACGAUUCCAGUUUACGCCAUGCACCACGACCCACUGUACUUUCCGGACCCCAUGUCGUUCAAGCCGGAAAGGUUCAACGAAGAGAACGUCUCCUCGAUCGUACCGUACUCGUACCUCCCUUUCGGCGGUGGACCGCGCAAUUGCGUUGCGUUGCGCUUUGCCCUGCUAGCGGUGAAUCUCGCUGUGCUUCACACCAUUCGCAAUGUUGAAGUGGUUCGGACCGAGAAAACAAAAGUACCCCUGCAAUUCAAGAAAGGUUUCGGCCUCCUUACUGCGAAGGAUAUAGUCUUGGGGGUAAGACCACGGCAAUAGCUCGUACGCCAGUUGCGCAUGCGCUCGCAGCACUCCCCCUCCCCCCCUCCCCCGCCCCUCAUCGUGUCAAAUCAUGAUUUUCCACUCAAUACGCGCACAAUGGUACCGUAACCUUCCGUUUUCUGCUGUAGAAUAUUACGGCUGAAACAUUGUGCGAAAAUAAAGGAUCGUUUUAAGUUCGAAA